UUUGUGUGACUAUUACAAAGUAGGAUGUUGUGCCUAUUUAAGACAUCUGGAUGCCGACACAUGAUGUCAAUGCAAUUGAUCCUCGGUUAUGCAGGAAGAAUUCUUUGCAGCUUAUCUGAUCGGAUUCAGAUUCACUAUCCUUAUACCCCUCCAUAUAUCAAUCUACUACUUACUCCGCAUAAGUAGCAACUCAGUGUAUCUACACACUUCAAUUCAAUCCAAUAAUCAUGUCAACCCUCGAAGAAAAGAUCUCCCUCUUAUACAACUACUCCGCCUGUGAUGUCUCCGACGCCCUCCUCAAACUCCAACCCGUCCCUCCCAACACCCCACCCCGAGCAGGCUACAUCGCAGACCUAACACCCUACUACCCACCCACCCAAGAUCCAUCCUCCACCACACCCUCCAAACUAAUCGCCCCAGCCAGCACCCUCCAAUUCAUCCCCAAAUCCGCCCCCACCCCCUCUCCUCCAACAUCAAAGGCAAUCCCCCCCUCAACGCACUGGUCCGACCUGACCACCCCCUCCACCAUCCUCGUAAUCUCCCAACCGGGAGACCAGCACUGCGCCGUCGUCGGGGGCAUCAUGGCCCUGCGGAUGAAAGUCCGGGGUGUGCUUGGCGUGGUAGUGGACGGGAGGGUGCGCGAUCGCGCGGAGCUCAAGGCCUCUGGGCUGGGGAUCUGGGCGAGGGGAGGGUCGACGGUGGGGAGUGGGGCGGAGGCGAAGCCCGGGGAGAUGGGUGGGGAGGUUUGUGUUUCUGGGGUGAUUGUACGAGAGGGAGAUAUCAUCUUCUGCGAUUACGAGGAAGGAGGAGUGGUGGCUAUACCUCGGGAGUUGCUGGAUCGGGUCCUCGAGGUGAUGCCGAAGUUGGUGGGCAUGGAUGAUAAGGUUAAGGAGGCGGUGGAGGGAGGGAUGAAUGUCUUUGAGGCGUUUGGGAGGUUUAGGGGGAAGAUUUAGGUCUACUCUUCUACUCUACUGUAUAGAUAAGUAGUGGAGUGGUUGGUAGGUUCAAUUUGUAUACAGUAUGGUUGGUAUAGUGGUGUGAAGAC